AUGUGUGAGACCAACGGGUCACCACUGUGUAUGUGUGAGACCAACGGGUGGCCACUGUGUAUGUGUGAGACCAACGGGUGGCCACUGUGUAUGUGUGAGACCAACGGGGGGCCGUGGCUGUGUAUGUGUGAGACCAACGGGGGGCCACUGUGUAUGUGUGAGACCAACGGGGGGCCACUGUGUAUGUGUGAGACCAACGGGUCACCACUGUGUAUGUGUGAGACCAACGGGUCACCACUGUGUAUGUGUGAGACCAACGGGGGGCCACUGUGUAUGUGUGAGACCAACGGGUCACCACUGUGUAUGUGUGAGACCAACGGGUGGCCACUGUGUAUGUGUGAGACCAACAGGGGGCCACUGUGUAUGUGUGAGACCAACGGGGGGCCACUGUGUAUGUGUGAGACCAACGGGGGGCCACUGUGUAUGUGUGAGACCAACGGGGGGCCACUGUGUAUGUGUGAGACCAACGGGGGGCCACUGUGUAUGUGUGAGACCAACGGGGGGCCACUGUGUAUGUGUGAGACCAAUGGGGGGCCACUGUGUAUGUGUGAGACCAACGGGGGGCCACUGUGUAUGUGUGAGACCAACGGGUGGCCACUGUGUAUGUGUGAGACCAACGGGUGGCCACUGUGUAUGUGUGAGACCAACGGGUCGCCACUGUGUAUGUGUGAGACCAACGGGUCGCCACUGUGUAUGUGUGAGACCAACGGGUCACCACUGUGUAUGUGUGAGACCAACGGGGGGGCCACUGUGUAUGUGUGA